AUGGAAUUCUUCGUAGUAGCCGCCGCAUCUUUGAUGCAAAGUGUCUGCAAUAAUCUCUCGCCCCAAUACGCACCUGGCUUUAUUCAUAGUCUAUGCAACCGCGGAGACAUUGCGACUGACCUUGGUGUACAUCUCUCUUCGGGUACCAAUAUCUGGGUUCCAGGGUCAAGCAAAUUCGACAUUGCCACUACACGGUGGUCUGCAUUGGAUGCCCCUAAUAUCAGCAUUGUUGUUGAAGUGGCCACUGAAGAUGACGUGAAAUAUGCAAAUGAAAACAACCUGCCAUUUCUGGCAUAUAAUGGAGGCCACGGCGCUAUUGAGACGCUUAGCACUGUUGAAAAUGGCAUUCAAAUCUGGCUCAAUCAGUUGAACUCGGUGUUCAUUUCUCAAGACGGCCAGACGGCUACAUUUGGCGGAGGUGUCAAAUCGAAACACGUCACAGAUGCGCUGUGGGCUGCUGCAGUAUAUCAGCAUGGCCACUUUUUCUUCCCAGAUGUUACGGAUCAGCUGAACGAUUUCAAAAUAGUGACCGGCGGAUGCGAAUGUACAAGUCUACUCGGACCCGGCCUUGGUGGAGGCCAUGGGUUUUUGCAGGGAUGGCAUGGCCUGAUUGCGGAUCAGUUUGUAUCAUUGGACAUGGUGCUUGCCAACGGCUCGAAGAUCACUGUUGAUGAUGACUCAGAAUUAUGGUGGGCCGUCAAAGGCGCUGGCCAUAACUUCGGUAUUGUUACAUCAGUCACUUCCAAGAUCUAUGAUGUUCCAGAUGACGGGUUAUGGUCUUACAAGAGCUACUUCUUCACACAUGAUAAGGUUGAAGAGCUUUAUGAUGCGAUUAACAGAUACUUUCUCAAGGGAGGCAAGCAACCUGUUGGCCUGAUCAACUACUCUUUUUUCUUUAACUAUCCUACCGUCGACCCGAAUCAUCCCCUUAUUGCCUUCUUUAUUCUUCGCCAGGGAGUUGAAGCUAUCGAAGAGGAGUAUGCCGCGCCAUUUGACAGACUCGGCCCUGUGAUGAGCAUGGGCGACAAAGGAACAUACAAAGAUCUCCCUAUGUGGACUAGCAAUGCCGAGGACUCGCUCCCAUGUCAGAAGGCUGGCCUGGUUAACGCUCGUUUCCCUGUCGAUUUACAAAGCUACAAUCCCACCACUCAGCGUCUCGCAUUUGACACAUUUUCCAACUUCACCCAAAAAUUCCCUGCUUUCAACAACUCACUGUUCUUGUUUGAAGGCUACUCCCUCCAGGGUGUUCAAAGCAUUGAAGAUGAAUCUACAGCUUUCCCCCACCGUGAAGGUAAUCUUUUGGUAGCGCCAUUGAUCAUCUACCAACCAACAGACAAGGAGCGUGACGCUCAAGGUGUGACAUUCGGAGAAAAUUUGCGCCAAAUUGUCUUCCGUGGCAGUGGGCAGGAUGAGAUGUUUUCCUAUGUCAACUAUGCAUUCGGCAACGAGGCUCCUGAGGCUUGGUAUGGCUAUGAGUCUUGGCGUCUGGAGCGCCUGCGCUCAUUGAAGGCCAAGUAUGAUCCAAACGGUCGAUUCAACUUCUAUGCACCCUUCUACUAG